CAUAUGAGUGAACAAAACCAGAUAGCUAGUCGAAGAUAACGGAGAAAAUGAGCAAAACAUCGGGAAUUGGUUUCCUAUUUAUAGCCGUAUACUUAUUUUAAAAUGCAUCUGACGAGGGAUUUGGCUCCUACUCUACUCAUCGGUCAAACGCACAGCACGGAGAGAAGAUAGUUUCCAAACCAGCGUCCACGCUCAAAAUAUGUUUCCUCGGCAAACCCAAAUGGUAUUUACUUCUCUGAUUCGUAGAGCGAUCACCAAGACCCACACUUUGAGAUCUUCUUCGUGUUUGGGUGACAAGUUCUUGACCCAUUAUACCACGUUGGACAACAACGGUAAGAUUGUUGAAAAUGUUGGGCGUGGUCUUCAUUCAGAGGGCGGGGCGGGACUUCCCUCGUACAUGCGCGCAGCUGUGUUUUGGGAACCCAAUAAGCCCCUUACCAUCGAAGAAUUCCGCAUGCCUCGCCCUAAGGCCGGUGAAAUUCUCAUAAAAAACAAGGCCUGUGGAGUCUGUCACUCUGAUCUCCAUGUUAUGAAAGGUGAACUUCCAUUUGCUAGUCCUUGUGUUGUGGGGCAUGAGAUAACUGGUGAAGUUGUUGAGCAUGGGGCACUUACAGACAGCAAAACAAUAGAAAGAUAUCCAAUUGGAUCCCGCGUUGUGGGAUCUUUCAUCAUGCCUUGCGGUAAUUGUUCAUUCUGUUCAAAGGGCCACGAUGAUUUAUGUGAACCUUUCUUUGCUUAUAACCGAGCCAAAGGAACCCUUUAUGAUGGUGAAACUCGGCUCUUCCUCCGCAGUAGUGGAAAACCAGUGUUCAUGUAUAGUAUGGGAGGUCUUGCUGAAUACUGUGUCGUGCCGGCGCAUGCAUUGGCUAUUCUGCCAGACUCAUUGCCAUACACAGAGUCUGCAAUUUUAGGGUGUGCAGUUUUUACUGCUUAUGGUGCCAUGGCCCAUGCAGCUGAGGUGCGUCCUGGGGAUUCUGUUGCUGUGAUUGGAGUUGGGGGUGUUGGUUCAAGUUGUUUGCAGAUAGCGAGAGCCUUUGGUGCUUCUGAUAUUAUUGCUGUGGAUGUUCAGGAUGACAAACUGCAGAAAGCUAAGGCACUUGGUGCCACUCACACAAUAAAUGCAACUCAAGAAGAUGCCAUUGAAAGGAUAAGAGAAAUAACGGGGGGAAUGGGUGUGGACAUUGCUGUGGAAGCAUUGGGAAAACCACAGACAUUUUCCCAGUGUUUCAAUAGUGUGAGAGAUGGAGGAAAAGCUGUAAUGAUUGGACUUACACCAUCUGGUGCUAUAGGGGAGGUGGAUAUAAACCGUCUUGUUCGUAGAAAGAUUCAAGUAAUUGGGUCCUAUGGAGCAAGGGCAAGGCAAGAUCUUCCCAAGUUGGUUAGACUGGCAGAAAGUGGUAUCUUCAAUCUUUCCAGUGCUGUUUCAAGGAAAUACAAAUUUGAGGAGGCAGGCCAAGCAUUCCAUGAUCUCAACCAGGGAAACAUCAUCAGUCGAGCUGUGGUCGAGAUAAUGUAGUUCAGACUCACACCAAGUAACCGCCGUUGAUGGCAGAGUUCCACCUCUGGUGCUAGGCACCUGCCCUUCAUAAAAACUCCCGAUCCACCUUGUGAGCAAUGCAGAUAGCUAAUAACUGAUGCUUGCAAAUUCACUGUAUUAUAUACAUUUUUCUUAAAAAAUAAAAUUUCCUUCACUUUGCUUUCACUAUGACUUGGGAAGUGUUUUGGAGCAUGCAAUGUAUUUUAUUACUUUUUUGUGCUGUCGUACAGAAAAUGGAAAAAGUGAAGAUCUUAAUGUGUGACCACUUUUUUUUCUACAA